CCUUUGCCCUAGCGAGCAGCCUCGGCCCAAAUAUGAUCCCACCCUCUCCCAAUCUGGAACACUAGCGGCGAAUCCCCAUUCUCCGGCGAGCCGCGGCGAGACUCCGGCACGACCGCUGCUUGCUGCAGCAUCGAGCUCCCCGUUCUGCCGCCUCACCUCCGCAGCCUCGUCCCCGCUUGCUGCCUGGCCGACCGCACUCGCCGACUACCGGAAGCAACCAUUACGCGAUGCAACCUGGAUCUCACGGCGUCUGAUAGGUCCCGUAAGAUAUAAGAUCAUCUGCUAGAUAAGCUCAAAGGAGGUAUUGAAUCUCGGUAGGGGAUGGCCACAACCAUACUACCUGAUGACCUGGUGGUGGAGAUCCUGUCUCGGCUGCCGCUGAAGUCCUUUUGCCGUUUCAGAUGUGUCUGCAAGUCUUGGCUUGCCUUCUCAUCUGAUCAGCACUACCGCAAGAAGCUCCCAAGAACUCCCUUCGGUUUCCUGUACCAAAAAAAUGAGCAUGGCAAUGCCAUCCAUCUCGUGGGCCUUCCCUCAGGUGACAGGGAUAUUGAUACAACACUUAGCUUUGUGCCAUGCUAUGAGCAUCCCUUGGAGCUUAAGGGUUGCAGCAAUGGCCUACUUCUUUGUUAUCGUGGUGGUACACACUCUAAAGAAAUUUCCGACGCCAUUGUGUGCAAUCCAGCAACUCAAGAGUGGAUGGCACUUCCAAAUACUGAAGCUGGACCAGCCGUCUCUUAUGCUGAUCUCAAGUUGUGUUUUGAUCCAUUAUGGUCUCAAUACUUCUAUGUCUUCAAAUUUGAGAUGACUCCAAAUGGUGGAUAUGACACCGAAGUUAAGGUAUUUUUCUCUGAGGAUUCGACAUGGUCUAAUUGUCUAUGGGAAACUUCAGAUAUACUUGGUGGUGAUUCACUCUUCUUAAAUGGGGUGUUGUAUGUGGAUCACUUAUGGGGGCAUUACCUUCUGGCACUCGAUGCACCUGACACAUGCACACAAUUGCUCAAUCAUAGGAUCCUUCAGCUGCCUGGAUUUCCAAAUGGACCAGAACAGAGGUUUUAUUGCUUUGAUGGCUGUCUUGGCCAGUCGUUUGGGGUCUUAUGCUAUGCACAACAAGAAUUGGAUGGUUGCAUCAUCCGAAUUUGGAGUUUGGAAGGAUCUGAUAGAUGGGUGGUGAAGCAUUGUCUAAAUAUGAACAACGUAUUUGGGAGGGACAUAAUGCUCCGUACUAACAAUGAAGGAUUAUGGUAUUUUGAUUAUGAAAUCCUGGCAUUUGACUUGGAGAGAGAGCUAGUUUUCCUUGCUGACACAAUUGCUGAUAAUAAGAUCAUCUCAUAUAGCAUCAGUACUGGAAAGGGCUCGCAGAUUCUAAACAUUCCAAGGUUCGUUGACCUAUAUCGAAGUCGACUCUACGUGCCGUACUAUGGCAAGUUUCCAGCUUCCGUGCUUCAAGGAGCUCAAGACAAAUGAUAGAAUAUAUACCUUAUGAAUGUUUUGAUCUCUAGUUAUCUUCUGUGCACUAGCUGUAUCAAACAGUUGUUAUGCAUGUACCAGAUUGUUGGCUUGGUUGUGUGUUAUGUUAAUCUAAUUGGCACUUCUCA